AUGAGAGAGAACGCAGAACCAAGAAGAAGACGAGAUAGUGGAAGUAGUAGUAGCUCGGAGAGAGAAUCGAGGAGAAGAGCAAGACAAUCAUCUACUGUCACUCUCAGAAGGGGAUACUCACCGUUUCUAUUCAAAAAGGAUCAACAACAGGAUGCUCAUCACCAUAAUCAUUUGUGGUUUCUCGCAUUGAUCGGUUGUCUUUUAUUGCCAUCACCAUUGGGAGAAAAGGGAUCGACUACAGGAGUUUCUCUCAAAUACACUCCACCAUCACCUGAAGAAAUGUUCUUCUCUCCCGACUACAGCGAUGAGCAUUUCUUCGAUGCAUUCAAAACAACAAGACCGCUUGGAAUUCGUUGGAGAGGCGACGCUGAGUACCUCGCACAGCGCAAUCGUCGACGUGAGGUCACUUUGAUGCCCGUUCUCGUUCAACAGCCACCAAAUAUACAACAUCACAGACAACACUUACCAUCAACAAGCCGAAGUGACAGCGAACCAUCUCUUGAGGAGAUCGAACUUAUCGACGUUCUCUGGAGAAGCGAUUUAAGCGGAAUCUCAGAGAAAGGAACUGUUCUCGAGCAACAAGAAGAAACCGAUCUUGCUGCUCUCACUCACAAGAGUAUCACUGGGGUGAGUUUGAUUUUUUGU